AAAAAAGGUUGCAUUUUUGCAUGGUAGUCUACGAAACUCCAAACGCGGUCGAAACGUAAAAAAUGUCUUCGUAUCGUACUCCCAUACGAUCAAAGAAGCGCGGAAGAGAGGAUUCUGACUCUGGCUUUCGCCCUAAUAGGGCAAAUCCUCAAGAGCUUCUUGGUUACCGCAUAAAAAAGGAUAUUACCUUUCUGGCAGAUCCUCGUGUUAAUCCUGUCGUUACAGAAGACAUUAAUUAUGUAGCUAUGUCUGUGAGUCGUGAAUCUCAUGAAGAAGAGAACGUUUCUGCCAUUCUGAAUUGUAUUCUUGAAACAGCUCUUUCUAUUCCCAUCAAAAUAGCCCAUUUGGCAACAUUGAUGAUGCGGGCUGCAUUGAAAGCACCUCUUUUAGUUGAACGUGGUGUAGAGAUUUUGCACUCCAAAUUGGUCUCUUCAUUAGAACAAUACGACUACUAUCAGGCUAAGAUUGUUUUUCGCUUGCUUAUUUGCCUUAGUCGCAUCUAUGAAUCUGAAGGUGUCGAACCUAUCUUCACCAAAUUGUUAGACAGACUAGGAGAACAGACCGCACCUUCCGUUUUUGGCGAUAAAUUAUUAAAAAUAAUCUUAAUUAAUAUUCCCUAUUACUGCGUCGCAUCUAAACAUCCUGAAAAAGUUGCUUUAGUUGAAGACUGGAUUCAACGAAGUGCUUCUUACGUUGAAUUAAGAAAGCCUAUGUUACACCAAAUUAAAAAUCCGUUCUCUAAUUCGGAAGAGUAUAUUGAGGAAGAAUUAGAUCUUUUGUAUCGUCAGCUCGUUCUUGAAAGAGAAAACGGGCUUCAAUUUUCUUACUUACCUCGACCUUGGGAAGCAUUCGAGUCAGAUUUAACGAAGGUUACACCUGUUCUUUUAAAAUCAUUCGAAUGGUCUACUUCCGUAUCAGAAGAACAGCUAAAAUACCCAAUUUUUCGCCCCUUUGUAGAGGUAUUUCAUACUUCUGAGAUUCGCACUACACCAGAAACCCUCAACAUCGCUUCUAGUAUUUUUCGAGAUGUUACUGUUGAUAUAAUUAAUCAUUUAGAAUACAACCGUAUGGAGGCUGCUCAAAUUUUGACGGAUCUUGAUGUGUACUUUACCUACAAGACAUUCGCUUUACGUGGCACUCCAAUCGCCGAGCUUCCCAAACUGGAUGCUGAGGAGUCUCGUUGGAAAGUAGAAGAUAUAAUAACAGAGGCCAUUUUUUCAGAACUGCUGACAACCAAGUCUACUUUUAAGCCCGUCUAUUACCACUCAUUGCUUACUGAGUGCUGUCGGGUUGCUCCCAAAAUUCUAGCUCCAACAUUCGGAAGAAUUAUACGUUUUGUGUUUAAUAUUAGUGAAAAUCUCCCGUUGGAAACGUUUGAGAAAUUUAUCAACUGGUUUUCGCACCAUCUAAGUAACUUUAACUUUUUCUGGAAGUGGCAGGAAUGGAUAGGUAACAUAGAGUUGGAAGAUUUUCACCCAAAAAAGGUGUUCAUGAGAGAAACAAUAGCCAAGGAAUUGGAGUUGAGUUAUUGGUCACGCAUCCAUGAUUCUUUGCCGGAACAGUUGCAUCAGUUAAUGGCACCUGAAGCACCAAAACCUGAAAUCCCUUGGGAAGAUGAGUCCAAUCCAUUGCACUCAAAUUUUAAAGAAAUUACAGACCAUUUAAGGAUUCAUAAGCCAAUUGAAGUAGUGUCGUCAUCUCUCUCGUCUGUUGAAGAAAACCCAUCUUCUCAAGUUUCGGGAGUGAGGUUUUUAAUGGCAUGUGCUUAUAGUCUUGGUUCAAAAUCUCUCUCUCACGCUUCAAAUACAUUUGAAAAACACUUGGAUGUCAUCAAACAUUUCUCCAGAGAAUCGUUGUCGACAGAAAUGGAAGCAAUUGACGAAUUGUUUUCAUGUUGGAGAUCACAACCAAGUAUUGCAGUCAUUUGGUUGAGCAAGAUGCUCAAUUAUUCGAUUGUGAGUAUUACUUCCGUUUUCCGAUGGCUGUUAGAACAAAAAGAUUCGUCUAUAUGGGCCAAAAGUUGGACGUGGUCCUUAAUGCAUAUGUCCUUAGAGAAGAUGGAUGCUCGAUUGGAAAAUGUAAAUAGUGAUGAUGAAAACUUGAAAGAACUUAUCAGGGAAUCUAAAGAAGAGAAAGAUACAGUUUUGAAUCUUCUAUUUACCGAACUGCCCAAGCGGAAAUCCGAGUACGAAAGUGUUCCUUGGUUACCCCACUGGAUACAGUUAAUUCAGAAUAAUUUAGAAUUUGUUUAUGGUCAGACUAGUGAAUAGAAAAAUAGCAGUCGUAGUAAGCAUUGAUUGAUGUCCAGUCCUUGUCUAGAUUGCGAUAUACAAUCUGCUACAGGAAAAGGCUUAAAAGCACGCUUUCUUAAUAUCUAAUUUGGAAAAAGCGAGAAGAUACAUGAUUUACACUUUGAAAUAAAAGUACGGUUUAUGACA